AUGCCAAUGCACACAAGACCAAGCUCCUACCCUGUAGACACCAACGCAUUUCGCCUCACCCCCACAAUAUGCUGCCUCGCUAUCGCCAGCGGAUCUCCUCCACUGCAUUCCGGUGCUGAUGUUCUGCCCCGAGUCAUCACGUAAGUCCCAUCUAUCAACAGCCCUUUCUUUCCCACCACCACUCGCACUCCCUCCAAACUUCCCCAUCGUCUAUCAUAAGCGUGCACAAAACCAUCAACUAACACCCCCUCCCUAUCCCCAGUAUAAUCCCCGCACCCCACGGCUCCAACCCCGGCACAGCUACCAUGCCAAUCAUCGUGAAGCCCUGCACACGUAGAGCUAUGAUGUCCGCACCACACCAUUCAACUCUGCCGCAUCACGCUUCGCUUCAUAUAUUGCCAAAGUUGUCGCUUCAUCGUAGGUCAAGGAGGCAUCCUAGAGGGUUUUUGGUGAUUUUGGCGUAUUUGGAAGUGGGCUGGGUGCUCCCUUUCUAAUAGUACAAUUCCAAUUGUCCGUCCUUGCUAUUCUCUGGAGAUGGUAGGGAAAUCUAUUAAAUCUACAAUGAUAAGCCAUUGCCCUUAUCAUUUGAGACCAAUUAUAAACUGCAAAUUGUUGGAAACCAGUAAUCAUUGAGUUUAUGGGUGAUCUGAUGUGUAGAAAUUGAAAAAGCAGAAGCAACUAACACAACCAAGUAAAAAAGAAAGUUGAGUGUAUCUACCAACUAGUUUUGGAUGUCUAGAUCUACAAAGAUGAUUCAUCAUGUAUCCAAGAAAUUCACUAAUUCCAUAAAUCUCCCCAAACAAUCCCAUUCUCGAAAACUGCCUCUUUUUUCCCCACCACCUUCCUAAUCCUAAUCGUUAAGGAGUCGAUAUCCCAUUAUCUUGUCUUGUUUAGUCCUCUCCUAAAUAUCGCCUAAAUCCCAUCCACAGAAAAUCCAUCAGCAAUCAUUGUAACACAUAAAACUAUCCUGCACUGUCAUGUUUCACAAGCCUCAUCGACCCCACUCGCUCCAAAAUGCCCUCUCAAUCUUUCCAUCCCAGAAACAUUUCUAACGUCAGAUUUCAAGACAUUCCAUGGAAAAAGUUUUCUGAAAACUGAUUCAUUUCAAAUUUCCAUCGGAUUCGGCUUCCCAGUUGGCGAUUUCAUAGCUGCUAUUGAUCUAGUCGCCACAGUUAUUGAUGCCCUCCGGGAAAGUAGUAACUCCAGCUCUGAAUUUCGCGAAAUCGUACGACAACUCGACGCUCUGGAGGAUACUCUCAGAUGUGUUAAAAGAUUGGAGCUCGAUGAUACGCAGUGUGCGGAAAGGGAUCGCGUUGCAAAAAGCUGCUUCUUGCUGCCAAGUAACUAUUGAUGAUUUCUAGAAGAAAAUCCAAAAGUAUCAGCCUCAUUUACAAAGUGGCGGCUCUGGGUCGAGAUUGAAGGCUGGCUGGAUGAAGAUUGUUUGGCCUACAUGUAAGAGCGAUAAUGUGAUGAAAUUCAAGGUCGACUUGGCUGGCACACGUCAUUGAUACAGUUGUUGAUUACAACGAUACAAUUGUGAGUAGUGUCAAUCAUCGGAAGCUUGAUGGACAACAGACCUAAUUUAUCUUAGGGCCUCGACAGCCAGAAAUGAAAAAAAUCAAGCCUCGCGAUGCCAAACUCUUGCGGGUCGAACCCAGGACGGGUACUUUCGACUACACGCGACGGCUUUAUUGUAUAGUGGACUCAUCAUGGGGAAGGGAAUCUUGGACGCCACUUAGAGAUCAAAAGUACAGUGAUGUAAGGCUCCUAAGACACUAUAUUAGCGGGCCAACGCGAUAACAGAUAUAUAGGAAAACAAACCUCAGGAUUUUCCAAAUCGUGUUGGAGAUCCAUCAUGUAAUUACGCGAAUACCCGGCCAGGUAGAUCGCCAACAGCCAGUCUAUUUUAUAGACGCUCUGGGUAGACAUACCCCUUUCUACUUGGAAUUCAUACGAUCGAAGGAGGUAAACAAAGGAACCACAAAUUUGUCAAUUUAGGUGCUGCGCUGACUAGUAACGGCAUUCCUCACUGUGCUGAAAACAAAUUUUGUCAACAUUGGUCAAGCAGCGUCCAAAAUUGAAAAUGGUGAUUUUGCUAUCCGAGAUUCUGCUACUAGACGAGAUGUCAGAGUGGAGGAUGAUUGGGAGUUAUGGUUUUCACCAGGUCAACGAGUGGAGAUGAGUUUGAUCUUUCGAAGGGAUCUGGUAAUCAAUCGUUAUCCCGACAAUAAAGUAUCCAACCAUUGCCCUAGAUGCAAGACUAUCUGGCAUAUCUAUCAAGAGAAAGAGUUUGAAUGGUAA